AACAUGCUAUCUUUAGAGAAGCUAAAGUCAGGAUACGUGAUGGGUCUUCUCCAAAAUAUCUGAAGCAUUUCCUGUGUUUACAUACCCACCACGGUGUUGUUACCUCUUUAAAUGUUGUUUCUUUUAUGCAGGCAUCGUUCACUCCAGUAAAGGCAGGAGAAAAUAAAGAUGAGGAAAAACCAAAGCCAAAGGAUCGAAUUACAUCCUGCCUCCUGGAGAACUGGAGUAAAGGAGAAGGACUUGGCUAUGAGGGAAUUGGUUUGGGCAUUGGGUUACGAGGGGCCAUCCGGCUGCCAUCUUUCAAGGUGAAGAGAAAGGAACCUCCUGAAGCUGCUUCUGCAGGAGAUCAGAAGAGAAUCAGGCCCUCUACCUCUGUUGAUGAUGAAGAUGAAGAUCUGUCUAAGGAUGCAGAAGCAGCAGGCCUCCGAAGGAGACCAUCAAGACCAUUGGAGCUAGACAGUGAGGGGGAAGAAGGAGAUGAGACUUCAGGUAAAGAAGAAGAAUCCUGUUCUGAAAAGGAAGAUGAGCAGGACGAAGGGGGAGCAUUGGUGAAAGCAGCACCUGGCAAGGAGGAGGACGACGAGGAAGAUGCUAAUGAAGAGGAUGAAGAUGAAGAAACAGGAGUAGAAACAAGUGAAAAGGAAGAUGAGCAGAACUCUGAAGAAGAAGGUAUAGUGAGUCCCACAUCUUCCAAAGCUGAAACUGAAUCAUCUGAUGAAAGUGAGGACUCCUCAGAAUUUGAGUCAAGUUCUGACUCUGAGGAAGAGGAGGAGGAAGAGGAGGUGGUAGCUGACAACCAAAAUACAGAAGCCAUGACUGCUGAGAUUGAGUCUGCUAGCCAUGAACUAACAGAUGAAGAAAAAGAGACCAUCCUGGAGCUGUUUCCAGUGGAAGACUAUAUGGAAGCAACAGGCCUAGUACUAGAGGCACCAGCUAUGGUAGUAAAAGAGGAAGAGAUGAAAGAAACCAAGCAAAGAGAAGAUGAAAGUUGUGCAGUGCCAAAGGAAUCUACUGCUGCUGAACGUUUGGUGGUCACGGAGAGACAACAGGAAGUAAAACUAGUGCCAUCCCCUAUAUGUGUAGCAGUGGAAGAAUCUGAACUGGAUAUCGAGCCUAAGGUGCUAGAGGGUCCAAAGCCUGAAUCUCAUGAUGAAGAAGAGAAUCUCUGUCCCUCAGCACCAAUGGGGGUAUUUGGAGAACCUCUAUUCAGUAAGUCUGAUGAUAGUGACUUAGAUGCCCAAGUUACAGGAAAACUAUCCGCAGCAGAGGAGGAGGAGAGACUGCCUUGGACUCCUAAGCGGGACACAGUGGUCCACUCGGAUUCUGAUACUCCAAUACUUCCAGUUCAUAAGGUGCCACCCUCUACGCUUCCCCUUCCAUUAACACCCAGUAAAGAGAAAUCUUUACUCCCUCCAGAAAAUUUCCCUGAACAGUUAAUUGUGACCAAAACAGCUCUGGAAGAGGAGCUUCCUAGGACUCCAGGGCGGGAUAUUAUGGCCAAAUCUUCACAUGGCUUUGCAAAGUCACGGAGUACAGACACUGUUCCACUCACCCCUGGCAGUGAUGGUCCCCUUACAGCAAGCAGCUUGACUUUAAGUUCCCCUCAAGUCCCGGGCAGCCCAUUUUCAUAUCCAUCUCAAUCUCCUGGGAUUAAUAGUGGCAUUCCUCGGACUCCUGGGAGGGAUUUUAAUUUCACACCUACUUUCCCAGAGCCUAGUGUGACCCUUCCUUGCCUUUUGUCUGGCAAGAAGCCAUCAGAUGAGCUAGAUGAAAAAUGCUUUAAAGAACCUCUUAGUGCUUCCUUAACGGUUAGCAUGAACAGUGUUCCUUCCCCAAUUCCCUUUGCUAGCCCUGCUGCAGCUGAUUUUCACACAGACAUAGACUUGCCUCCCAAUGAGCCAGUAUCUGUAGCAGCCCUGCCAUGCUUGCCAGUGGAUGUCAAGACAUCCAUAGAGGAGAGCAGGGUAGCCAUGAAAGCUGUUUUGCUCUACCCAGAAGCACCUACUGUGUGUCUUCCUCCUCCCCCCUCUCUGCCCACCAAAAGGAAACCGGGUCGGCCGAAACGAUCACCUCCUUCAGUCCUUUCUUUGGAGGCCUAUCCCAGCAAAACUUCAGAGUCUCCUCCUGUACCUGUUGCCUUGACUGAAUGUGCUGUGAGCAAAGAAUUAGUGGGCAGGCAUCCUGAUGCUUUUUGUGGACUGAAAGAUCCUGAAGCAGUCACCCUAGACUUCAGGAAUGACAGCUUCCACGAGAAGGUAACCCCGGAGGCUAUUGCAGAGAAACUUCCAUUUAAGGAACUAGAGAAUCAGUGGCAUGAGGACUUCAAAGAAGAGAAGGCUCAUGUGAAACCUAAAAGACAGUGGCGAAGGCAGAAAAAGAUACCUGAGGACAUUCCAGUGAUUCCUUCCCCUGAAUAUUCUCCACGUUGGCCCCACUUCAGACCCCGCUCUGAAUUCGAGGAGAUGACCAUUUUGUAUGAUAUUUGGAAUGGAGGAAUAGAUGAAGAAGAUAUCAAGUUUAUGUGUAUCACGUAUGAUCACUUGUUACAGCAAGAUAAUGGCAUGGACUGGCUCAAUGAUACCCUUUGGGUAUACCAUCCUUCUACUAGCUUUUCUACACCGAAAAAGAAGCAGCGGGAUGAUGGGAUGCGGGAGCAUGUUACAGGUUGUGCCCGAAGCGAAGGCUAUUACAAAAUUGAUAAGAAGGACAAACUUAAAUACCUCAACACUAGUCGUGCAUUUGCAGAGGAGCCUCCAGCUGAUACACAAGGAAUGAGCAUCCCUGCUCAACCUCAUGCUUCCACCCGGGCUGGCUCUGAGAGGAGGUCAGAGCAACGCAGGCUUCUCUCAUCCUUUACUGGUAGCUGUGACAGUGACCUACUCAAAUUUAACCAACUCAAGGUAGGUAACGUGAUCAGAUUUGUAUUCUGUGAAUUGGAAAGCACAGGUCAGGUGCUAACUAGUGUGGCAAGUUUGGGCUAAGCCCCUGUGUCCUACACUUCCUGGCAGGUUUUUUUGUGUGCCUCAGAGGCUUGCAGUGUCCCUAUCACUGCCGCAAAGGUACCCCACUACCCAGAGCCCUUUUCAUCAUCGGCCAGUCCAUGGUUUUGGAUGUCAGUCCCUCUGUUAGUCCACAGGGUCUCCCCUGUUCCUUACU